AUGAAUGAAAAAGAAUUAUUAUUGAUAAUGAUGGAAAUAAAACGUGCAGUGCAAAGCGAUACUAUGAGAACUCAUCGAGGGAAAAAAGAGGCUUAUCCUCGUGUGCUGGAAUGCAUCCUUCAAACGGAAUCACCUGAGCUAAUGUUGACCCAUAAAGAUGAAAUCCUAGACACAUUGGACACAAUUGCUAUCGAUUCAGGUAAGUCAUUUUACUCCCACAUCAUUUACUAUUCUUA